CCUGCCUACGAGGAUGUGCCCAUGUGGAGCAUCUUGCCGUCGUACCAUCUCUUCCAGUCGACGUUCUCCAAGAAUAUCCUGCCAGGAACCGAAGAUCGUCCUCCUCCAACCUACUUCACCACCCCAGACUGCCAGCCUUCCAGCAACGAGUACUUUCCCCAGGUCCCCAACGACGACGUGGACUCACCCACGCGCUGGGAAGACACCAUCCUAGCCAACUCAUACCGGAUGAAGAAAUUGACCGGUUUCGACCAUCUCCACAUCUCCAUCCACCUCACGGCUGCUCCGUGCAAGCUUGGAGUGCCGCCUCAGCUCCUCAAUCACGACCGUUUCGAGUUCCAGCAGGGCGACCCCGUCCAGGGCUAUAUCACCGUGCGCAACACGGCUCCAUUUCCGCUCCCAUUCGACAUGUUCUCGGUGGUGUUCGAGGGCAAGAUCUCAGUGAUGCCAGAGUCCUCGGAAAAGAAGGAGCCAUUGGUCUUCAACAAGUUCCUCAACAUGUUCGACUACAAUGCCUCGUGGACUCCUGUCAACUUCGACGACCACGACGAUGUCAUGUUCGACCCAAUCGACAACACUAGAAACCGGUUCCCCAUGGAAAAGUUCUUCGAGCCCAACGUCACCUACAAGAAGUUCUUCAAUUUCAAAAUCCCAGACCGGCUCUUGGACUGUUCUUGCGAGACCCACAAUUUCCAGCGGCACAUCCAAAUCAUGCCCACGAUUGGCUUGGACAAGGACCAAUUCUUGAAGGAUAUUCGCAAAUUCCGAGAGAGAAAUAAACGACCCGAAUUGGUACGCAAAAAGUCAAACAUCAAUGAGGUUUUGGAUAGAAGAAUCAAGGACUUCUCGUUUUCGGACACCUCCAUCAGUUACAGCGUUGAAGCUCGAGUUAUAGGCAAGGAUUCGGAGUACACCAAGGUAUUGGGGAAACCCAAACCCCAAGGAGAAAAGGAAGAGUUUUUAAUCGUCAGCGAAGCUAGUUGCUUCAUUAGAGUGGUUCCUAAAGAGACCUUAUUGUACGAAUUCGACACGGAAGUCCUCGAUCGUCAAUCUCAGUCAGUUUACAAUAAUUUGGUACGAAUAGUACGACAAAAAAUUGAUUUGGGAAAACAGCUAUUGCAGGAAAAAGAAAUCGAAAAUAGUGAAACUACCCACGAAUUAGGACGAACUUCUUCUGUGUCCAAAAUAAAACAGACUGGUCAACAAAAUGGGGUUAAUGGUGUUCAUAAAACCAAGUAUGAAGUAUUCGUUCCAUUGAAAAAGAAAACCCUUACUGCUCCACCAAAGAUAGUGGCGGUUCUUGGCAUGGCUACUGCCAAAACAGAAUAUAAAGUUCAAUAUUGUCCCCCUCAUCUUUUUAAAUCGAUAUUGCUGCACUCUCCUCGAGAGGAAAUUUCUACUUUGGUGCAAAUUCCUAUUGAUUUGACACUUCAAUUCAGUAGCGAGGCAAGUACUAAGUCGAUGAAGCCACCUGAAAUUAAGUCGAUUGGUGCAGAAUUAGUCGUCUUCACCCACAGAUCAAAAAAGUAUGCUAUACCAAUCGAAGUGACUCACGACUUACUUUUCAAGAAUAAUGGAGAGGAGAAUGACAACUUUGAAGGAAUUGUGAUCAAGCCGUUUAAACAGUAUCUUCAUGAGCUAUCUGAAUUGAUGGAGAAAUUUAACAGCGGUGUCUUGGAUGUCGAUCGGCAGCUUGUGAUGGACAUCAAGUGUUUGGCUUACAUGCAGACCAAGUACAACAAGUUGAAAAUCGAGAAUGUCAAACUGAAUCAAUUUUCCACUACGUGGAAAACCGGGUCGCUGGCCACCACCUUGACCAAGAAAUUUAUGAUUUCUUUAGAUUUGAAGGCGGUGUUGAGUAGGGAACUGACGGAAAAUCUGGUCAGUGAAGCUCAUGCGUUGGUUCCAAGCUUCCAAAGUUGCAUCAUCGGAAGGUCAUACUACAUUGUGGUGACCUUGCGUUUACAAAACGGGGAAAGCGUGAGUCUCAAGGUACCCUUGAAGAUUCUACGCUAG